GUUUAAACACCAACUAACCAAACAUAGGCCUACUAAUUCUUACUUUUACUUCAGUACCAGCAACAUCGAUUUCUCUGGCUCAGUCACCAGUGCAGCGAAGUUAAUAAGGUAUUAUUUAUGGUGUGGUCUAAUUGAAAAUUGUUAGUGGAAAUAAUGCAUUUCGUGAAUGAUUAUACUAAUACGAGCUUAUUCAUUUGUUAUAGCGCUUAUCUAAUUCUGGCUAACCCAUCAAGGUCGACUUCUUGUUAGGUACUAAAGCUAUUGCUGGCCGGGCCUAUAUCUCAAAGGAUACCUUGACUUCCCACCCUUACCUAGCUUUUCCAAGAAUCCUACUUGAUGUUUAUUCCAAACGUAUAUAGGUCCAUAGUCAAAGAUGAAGGGUUCACUCAUGUUUUGUCGUCUUUGACUGAAGAAGCCCUCCCGUUUCCUUAUUGCCCUGUGCUGUAAGUCUUAUUGAUUUUCUAGUUGUGUCUAGCCAGUGUAAGGAUUGUGAGUUACCUUUCUCAGAUGAUUAGCAAGGAACUGGAUAUUUGUUAGUGCUGCCAGAUUCGCUGAGUUCUUAUUCCCAAAACAUUUACGAAGACUACGACCUGCGUCAAACGUUUAGCCAACGCUACAUCCCUAUCGUCAUUCAACGUUUUACUUCAUGCCGUUAUUUCAUUUACCCUUUAAAAGUCCCAUUGCUUUUUCCAGUUCACCCAAGAAGCAAAGUUGAUUAGGAAUAUUCCGGAAGGGAAAAGGUUUUUCUGAGUCCACGGACAGUUGCGCUUAUCUAACCUUUGGUCAUCGACGAGCACCAAACUGUUUCUACGAAUCCAUACGUUUCCUAUCUAUAUUGAUUGAGAUAUAGCCCUUGCAACAUUUUCUAAAAAUGAUUGAUUUGCUCUGGUCUAUUGGCUUAGUUGUUUCUGCAACCGUGAUUUUUGCCUAUUUUUGGUAUGAAACUUUAAAAUCCAAAUUAACUCUUCACGACACCAAUCCGAACGCGAAAGAAAAUUCCUCAACACCCCUGAAACCAGUUGAAUCGGAAUUUCGAUCUGUAUUGUAUUCGGAAAACUGCAACUUAAAGAACAAAAUCCUUUUGGCAACAACAGAUUUUUCCAAAGUAGUAAAAGAAAGAAACGAAUUGGCUUCACAGAGAGACGAACUUCUGACGGCUGUCCGCCGCUGGCAAGAGAAGUAUGAUUUGCAGACGCUUGCAAUGAAAAGUGCGUUGGAGGAGUUUGAUGCCAUGCGUGAGGAGUACGAGCGGGAAAAAAAAGAACUGGUGUCUACCGUGUUAGCGCGUGAGAAAAACGAAGCUCGAUUCAAGUCAAAAAUUCAAGAUUUGCAGGCUGCUCUCACAACAGAGCACCUCCGAGGUGCAGCCAGUUUAAACCAAGAACUGCAAGUGCGCUCUGAACUACAAGUUAGCAAAUCACGGAUUGCUGAACUAGAGUUGCUGAAUACUCGUCAGAGAAAACGCAUUGCCCAUACAGAAUCGAGAAUAGAUUCUUUUGAAAAUCAACGACUCAAAACUUGUAAAAAGGAAGAAGAUGGCAUGUGUGACUUGAUCACAACGGAACGUUCAGAGUCCCCCCUCCCGAAAAAAACUGAUCCCCACUCCAAAGUCGAUAGUGAAGUUGUUAAAGAAGAACUCGAAGAAAAGUUACUAUCUGUGGUAACGACAAGAGAUUACGGACUUGUCUUCGGGCAAAAAGGGAAAAGAUCUGUAAGAUGCCUAUGGAGCUAUAAUUUACUGAAUACUUCCCCACCACAUGGACACAGUAAGGAUUUUAAUUAAAGCGGAAAUUUUAAUAGUCCUCUAGCCGCGGCAAAAAAAAAUAAACAAAAACAAUCCGGAUAAUUUGUCUGCCCAAGUGAAAGAUCGAAUUGAUGAUAUGCGAUUUUCGCCAAAUGACGUAUAUUUAUCGAUUCUUCGUGGAUAUUGAAAAGAGCAAAGAAAAUGCGUUUUCCCGGCAGAAUAAGUUUACUCGAGAAAAAUUGUAAGCGUAAAACUCAAAGCUGUGAUCAUGUGAUCAUUGAUUAUUUCCUAAAUAUAUCACUUAAAAUGUGUUCCGUUUUACUCGCUACUGUUGAAAUUUCCAGUUCUAGUUUUGCUGUGUCAUCUUUCGUCUAUUUGUAACGG